CGACAAUAUGAAGCUUUUCGGACUGCUCUUGGCGAUUUGUACACUCCAAGAAAGAACACUGGCUCUGUCUCAAGAUGGAUUUGCUUUCAAAACUUCUAUUUGCGAUGGUAAAAACGGCGGACUCUUGCCCAUUUUUGGAACGUGUUCCGGAUACUAUGUGUGUGCAGAUGGAAAAGCAGUGGUUGGAUCCUGCGACCCUGGUACCUUAUUCAAUCCAAUAACUUUGCACUGCGAUGCGGCCGACAAGGUGGAAUGCAUCUUUGAUGCCAAGGAUAACAAAAGCAGCGACGAAUCGAGCUCAAAUAGUGAGGAGGACUCUGAGGAGACAUACCAAACUGAUGCUCCAGUAACGGUUAAGUCUACAAAGCCACCUGUAAUCCAGGAGACAGAACUUUCGGAUAUAUCCCAGAGAAUAUGCUUGGGUAAAAAGGAUGGCGUAAUGCUGAUCAAAAAGGGAUCGUGUGGGGAAUACUAUGUGUGCAAGUCAAAAAAGCCCCGUCUUCGGUCUUGUCCUGCCCAACAGCACUUUAGUCCAACGCGAAGAAUUUGUAUGAAGGCAUCGGAAGCCAAGUGUUCCGCCGGUGGUCAGGAUAUCAAUAUGUUGGACAAGCCUGCCGUCACGGGGGGACUGUGCCCAGAGGAUAAGGAGAAUUCCCUAGCUGCACAUCAGAGCGAUUGCGGCAAGUUUCUCCUCUGCAGCAAUAUGAUGUUUCUGGUCAUGGACUGUCCUGUGGGCCUACAUUUCAAUGUCGCUUCCUCGCGCUGCGACUAUCCCAAGAUUGCCAACUGUCAGGUGAAGAAAAAGGAAACCAAGAGUAAAACAAAGUCCAAAAAGAAUGGCCGCCGGCCCAAAGCUCGUGUGUUGUAACCCAACCAUUCAAAACCCAUAAUUACGAGUCGGAUAUUAUUCAACCUCUGUUGUUGUGUUACUCUUCAAUAUACUAUUAAAUAUAUGUAUAUGUAUAUAUGUUUAUAAAUGUAGCUAUAUACAAAUAUAUUGGCAUUUACAA